AUGAUAUCCCGAGAAGAAACGCGGCAGUACCUGAAGUACACUCUUUCGGUGGCGAGGAUCAAGCUUUUGUAUGAGAAGAUCACAUUAACUCGAUAUACCUCACUGUACUUCCUCAGCACGCUUCUCGCCUGCAUCGUCCUCAGUGCUUUACAAGUCGUCAGUCUAGUUCAUGAUUCCGAAGGAGUUGUUAAUGUUUCAUCCGUCCUCGAUGAUUAUAAUCGUGAUGUUGGUAUUGCGGUGUUGAAAGGGGAUACAGUGCAGUUGUGUUCUGGUCUUCCUCAUCAAAGCGGCACUGUUUGUAACGACAUAAUCAACUUCAAAGAUACACACGACGAUUUGAACGUUCGUAAUGACCUUUUCGAGUCCGAUUCAGAUGAUUCCGACGACUUUGACGACUCUGAUUCUGAUUCUGAAUUCUCUUCGGAUGAUUCUGACGACGAGUUCGAAGCUACGCCAACUACUACCAGCUCUGCUGUUACAAGCUCCGCACAGACUACCAGUAGUUUUGAGGUUACCAUCUCUACGGAGACUCUCAGUAGCUCUGUCGUGACCAUUGACAGCUCUACGACCUUUGUAGAAGUUAUAACCACGUCACCCCCUAUCCCGGACCCUUCCACCGAGGUCAGAACUUCAACAAGCGAAAUUUUGACCACCAGCGUUCCGCCGGUACUCGAGACGCCUUCCAGUAGCAGUUCGGUUGUCGUUCCAGUCGUCACCCCUACCCUCACUGUUGUGACAACUUCAAGUUCCAGUUCCUUAACUUCUUUAUCGUCUAUAGUCUUUCCCCCGGCUUCAUCGACGACCUCGUUCAUAUUUUCUUCCAGUCAAAUAUCAACUUCGCCGUCAACAUCGAUUGUUCCUACUUCGUCGAUCGUAGAGACAUCCGUUGUCGUUGAAGGUACUACAACGUUCCCUGAUGCCCCCAACAUUCCUGUUGUCACCUCUGCGUCUGUCACCUCUUCCUCGCAGCAGCCGUUCCCUUCUGUUGUUACGCCAUCCGUCCCUGCUGGGACUGCCUCGCCUGUUGGGUCGCAUAACAACUCCCCUGAGUUUUUAGAGGAGGAUUGCAUCAUUUCCUUGACAUGGUUAAAAGAGGUUAUUCGCGAUACUCAGCGUGAGGAUAUCGUCAUAUUCGUGUUCCAAUUUUGGCUUUUUGGACUAUCAGUCGUUACUGUUUUGAACGAGUCCAUUCCUCAUCUUGGAGCAGGUUGCUUCGGGCAUAUUUUAGGGACAGCAUGGGCCGGUUAUCGCGUUUAUUCGACUCAUGGACUUAUGGAUCGUUAUCGAAACCACAUGGUUCCUGAAGCAUGCAGUGGUCGCGACAUCAUGGGCGAUUGGUGGGAAAAUAGGAUUGAAGAUGGAAUCGCUCUUUUGGCUCUGCAAGCUGUUUCACUGGUAAUUGUGUUACUCCUCUCGUUGAAACUCUUCAAUGUUUAUGCGAGGCAAACAUUUAAGCGCGCUGGCGCCUCUUCAGAUGUUCUUUUUGUUUACAAGCUUGUGCUGGUUUUCUCUGUCUGCUUACAGCUAUCAGGCUUCAUUUCAGUGGCAUCGGCUGCUAUAUGGAUCGAUAAAGUCAGCCAUGCUCCUUUGGCUGGAUUAGCAAAACACGCGAAGUUAUACCUUUCAGCCUUCAUUGUUACGUCGCUGAUUCAGAUUCCCUGGGUUAUUCUUGGAUGGGUCUGCGUUCGACGCGAAAGUCGAGCGAAAUUCUCGAUGUUCUGUUUAUUAUCAGCAAUAUUACUGGGAGUCUCUAUUGCAAUGUUCUGUAGCCACCUGUACCGUUUCUUGGUUUCAAGCUGGCCAUUCUUCGCCUCGAUGACCAUCACUGCGUUUAUUCUUGUUGUUGGGACUACGGUUCUGGGAGUCUUCUGUAGACUUAAGUUUGGAGGAGGUCUUGCUGAGCAUCUCAGAGACACUGAGAAUCGUCCUGACCAGAGGUUCGACCCGGUUUAUUUCACAGCCAAAGAUAAAUUCCACGAUCUCGAAAAAUUCGGGCCUCCUUAUCAGACAACAGAGCUACCCACUGUUCCUCUACCGCUCGACGAUCAGCAAUAUGGAAAAUUCCCCGUCCCAUUGUACGCUUCGAGCCCAGACGCGACAACGAAAUUUUCGAAUACCGUCAGUCGUCCCCCAGUACCGACCCUCAAUGUGCCUUCUGUCGAUGUACCCAUCGUCCCUGUCACAAGGAUGUCAGUAUUCUCAAAGGUCCUCAGGGAGUUUUCAAUGCGUCCUCCCAGUCCCAGCGUGAAGAGCAUGAUGCCAGAACCCUUGACGCCCACCAUCCCCCAGGCUCCUUCCGUGCCCCCUCAUGCUUCUGUCUCACAACCGGUUCCUUUAACUCCCGGGGACAUUGUCGGUUCAAGCUCAGAGGCACAAACGAAGGAAAUCGCCACUCCCGGAUUGCUCGCUUUGGCAUCACCAAUGGACACCGCAUCGGCCUAUUCGUUCGUGACUCCCCGUCAGACUAUGGUUAAUCAGGAGUUGCCGAUUGGCGUUCGAAAGGGAGGCAUCCCUUGCGAGUCGGCAAACAAUCGACAGUCCUCAGGUAGCGCGUAUUCUGCCACCAGCAGCACGCGUAAAUACGGACUCCCUUCGAACCCCAGACAGUCCACCAGCAGUUCGUUCUCUUUCACAAACAGCAGCCUCCGCCGCGAACCCAAACCGCGGUUCCCCGAAGAUCCCAGGUCGUCAGUGGCCAGCGAUACACGCUCCGUCGGGAGCCGCCUUGUUGGUCUCCCCAGUAACCCACGCUCUCGUAUGGUGUCCUCCACCCAAUCGCACAGCGGAGUUUGA